CCCUUCUCUGCAGCCUUGCGGGUGGAAGAACCCCGGCGGUCUCCAUCAUCCCCUCAGAGCUGGCUGGCGCCGGGCAGAGGAGGGGGCGCCCAACAUCCGUCUCCACUUCGGGAUGGCGACCAGCAGUAGCUUCAAGACCGAAUUCGUUGUUGGAGAGAAGUAUAAACUGGUGCGGAAGAUCGGGGCUGGCACCUUUGGAGACAUUUAUAUGGCCAUCAACAUCACCAGUGGCGAGGAAGUGGCAGCGAAGCUAGAAUCGCAGAAGGGCCGGUAUCCGCGGUUGCUGUAUGAGAGCAAGGUCUACAAGAUUCUUCAGGGUGGUGUUGGAGUCCCCCAUAUAGAGUGGUAUGGCUCAGAGAAAGGCUAUAACGUGCUCGUCAUGGAUCUCCUGGGCCCCAGCCUCGAAGACCUCUUCAACGCGUGUUCACGCAAGUUCACCAUGAAAACUGUGCUUAUGUUGGCUGAUCAGAUGAUCAGCAGGAUCGAAUACGUGCAUUCAAAGAAUUUUAUACACAGGGACCUUAAGCCGGAUAACUUUCUCAUGGGCAUCGGACAUCACUGCAAUAAAUUAUUCCUGAUUGAUUUUGGUUUGGCCAAAAAGUACCGAGACAGGAAGACCAGACAACACAUACCGUACAGAGAAGACAAAAGCCUUACUGGCACUGCCCGAUAUGCCAGCAUCAACGCACACCUGGGUAUCGAGCAAAGCCGCCGAGACGACAUGGAGUCACUGGGCUAUGUUCUGAUGUAUUUUAAUAGAACCAGUCUACCAUGGCAAGGACUGAGGGCUGUGACAAUGAAACAAAAAUAUGACAGGAUUCGCGAGAAGAAGAUGUCCACUCCUGUUGAAGUUUUAUGUCAUGGCUUUCCUGAGGAGUUUGCUAUGUACUUAAACUACUGUCGUGGGCUGCGCUUUGAGGAGACGCCAGAUUACGCGUACCUGAGGCAAUUGUUCCGCAGCCUUUUCAGGAACCUGAACCACCAAUACGACUACCUGUUCGACUGGACAAUGCUAAAACACAAAGGAACUGCUGCUAUUGGGCAGUGUCAGCAGGCCCAGAGCCACACAGACAAGCAAAGUGGUAGUAAUAAGAGGGACACAUAAGGUUUUUAAGCGGGAAUUGUGGGACAACAACAAUAACGACGAAGCAAAGCGGCAUUGGUUUCUCCUUAAACCUGGAAGUUUUGGUUCACACGUCCGCUAGCUAUUGGUUGUGGACGACCACUACCUGGUGUAAAGAACUUGAUUGCAUUAGAAACUGCUUCUGGACCGCAUUGUGGAGACCCUGUGUCCUGAGUUGUAGACACUGUAGUUGUGAAUAUGAAGUAGGAAUUGUGCAACACAGUGUCUGGUUUUCUAUUGCAUUUUUUUUUUUUUCAAAUAGAAAAGUUAAUUAGUUGAUGCAGACAAGUU